AUGCCGAGGCGUUACAGUUGAAGCGUCUCAUUCGUUUCCCUUUUUCUCGCUGAUCUGUUCGGAUACGUCGCGUGGAGAAGCGCGUACGUGUGAACGGCAGUUCCAGCCGCGCGUUCGCGUACGCCGCACGCGCUUCGCGAAUGCCGAAGGAUAAUCACGUUAAUAGUACCGGGCAGGGCAAUGUUGUAAAAUCGAUUGGCCGAGAGUGUUCUUGAUUAUUUACAGAGACGACACAAUAAUUCGAUCGAGUGCACGGAUGGCGUGGGUGUUGCUGUUUAACUUCACUCGAGGAAGACAAAAGGUUUGGUAAAUAGGAAGAGGAGCUGGGCGAGUCGGAUUGUAAUUUUUCAGUCGAGCGCUAAGGGCGAACAAGUGAUUUGAUUAAUGAACUGCAUUUUUACUGCGUUUACGUUAAAUAGAUUCUUAUCUGUAGAUUUUUCUACACACAUGUGAAAUAAGUGAAUUUAAAAAAGAAAAGAUGUACAAAGAUUCGACUUGUAAAAGUGUUAUAAUUUAUAAAUAUCUAAAAACAAUCUCUAACUUACUUUAAAAAAAUUAAUAAAUGUUAAAGACUCUUCGUUUUAAAAUUUUAAUAAUCACGUGUUAUAUAAUUAUAAAUUCAUAUCGGACAUUGUAUAAUCCGAUUUAAAAUUGUAGCGGUGGUAAAUUCUACGUAGGACAAUUCAAAUGGAAGGACAGUAAUGCAAGCUAUCGUUAAACGGAUAACAACUAUUUCCGUUCCGCUUAAAUAUUUAAUAGCAUUCACAUGGACGUAUGCCAGCUGUCCGAAUCAGCUGACAUGAAUGCAAUUUAAGGCAAAAGGAAAAGCGAGUCACGAACAAAGAAGUAAAAUCGAGUACAAGCAAGUAUUAAUUUAAUUGAGCAUAAAACCUGCACGAAAGAAUCUUUACAAGACAGAUUUAUACACGUACUUAAAGAAACUUGGCUUAAAUUCUAUUUAAAAUAAUCUGACAGCAGAGAGGAAAAUCUGAAGGACUUUUUUCUGAAGAAGGGAAAAGGGAGCGACGCGAGAGAUUGCCCGUAUUAAUCGACAACACGUGCGAAUUAUAUUUUCAUAGAAACUGAAAUAGAAUAUACAGAGAGGAAAAAAAGACGCGAAAAAAGAGCAUAAAAAACAAAAUUAGAGCUGCAGUUUCGUGAUGUAGCCGCAAAGUAACGACAUAUAAAUAAUCGGGGAGUGGCAAUUUGGAACGUAACAUCAAGCGAUGUUCGGACAAGGGAUAAUGGGAAGAGAUUGUUUGCAUGAGAUACACGAGUAAUUAUAUUUUUACACAACUAUGUCAACGACGAGGAGAGAUCUUCUCGGGACGCUCGGUCGUAGAAUGCGUUCCAGUACCGAACGCGAUGAAGCUUUAUGCUCGCCAUUGGAACACCACCGCGGGGUUUCAAGGGAUUCCUCAGUGCGACGAACCCGAGGAUAUUAUGACAACGCCGCUCGACGAUCUCGAUUCCAACUACUUCUUGGAGAUGCCAGCUUGCCUCGAGAUACUUCACGAGCAAGUAACCGGUGAGAGCGCCGUAAUAGUCGUUCAUUGCCGAUCGAACAAAGAUCGGCGGGUGAAAGCGAUUACCGCAUCCUUUCCGCAGCUAGCAUACGUCAGAAAAUGUUGCCCUCGCAAUACAAUAUUCGACAGCCGCACAAAGGCUUGUGUGUCCCGGUUAAGUGAAUCGGAGAGUCUCGUAGCAUUUUUGCUAAAUAAAUCGGCUAACGUAGACUUUGUGGUGGUAGCUAGCGAAAGUCCACCCACAUGCAGGGGCCCGAUCGUUGAUUAUAAGAUUGACGAAAGCGAUGUCUUCGUGCGGAAUAAUAUAUAUUCGGUGAUGGUUCCAACGUUCAAGAAUCGAAUCGUCAAAGAGGAACUUUCGGUUACCGAGGGUAACGCUUGUCUCGAGAUGACGCCGGAUUCUGCGUCUGAUCGAACAUUGGUGGCGCGCGUCUGCAGAGAUCCGGAAUUCUGCGACGGGCACGCCUGCAUCAGAAAGUGCUGCGCCGAAAAUGAGUUCUUUUACGCCCGGGGAUGCAAUAAACUCGCUGUACCCGACGAACGGAUAGAGUUUCACGAGGCCCUCGCAAACGCCGUAAAUCAAACGAAUUCGUCCGCUUUCAGCACGACUAAAGACUACGGAGUCUUGAUUGGGAAGCCGUGUAAGUACGGCAUGUAUCCCAUGGAUCCGAGGGAGGAAGAAUGGCUCCUGACGUCAGAGGGACACGUUUUUAUCGAAGAUUAUACCGUACACGAUCUGAACAAGUACUGCAUGGACGUCUUUUACAACAUAUCGGAAUUCGAGAAUAGCUUUUAUUUGUUCGCAUGUUUCGAUCAUCCACCGACAACCGAUGUUUCAGUAAGGUAUCGGAUGAACACCGCCCUGCAGAUCGUCAGCUGCGCUUUCCUGCUGAUGACCUUGCUGGUGUACGCGUGCCUGCCGAGUCUGCAGAAUCUUCACGGUAAAACGCUCAUGUGCCACGUGAGCAGCCUCCUCGUGGCCUUCAUCUGCUUGUCCAUCAUCACUUGGAUCUCCAGCGACGCGACUGCAAAACAAUAUGCGACGGCGUGCAAAACCUUAGGUUACACCAUGCUUUUUUCUUUUCUAUCGGCGUUUUCCUGGCUCAACGUCAUGUGCUUCGACAUAUGGUGGACCUUCGGAGUUUUGCGCGGGAGUACCAUGACGAAGGCGCGCGAGGAUAGGAAAAAGUUUCUGUUAUACUGUUUGUAUACGUGGGGCCUCUCCUUCCUGGUGUUAAUCCUCGCUAUCACUUCCGACAUCACGGAUAUCCUGCCGGACUAUUUGAUGCCCAAUAUAGGCAUUAACAGCUGUUGGUUUAUGCAAUUACGGGAUGCGUACGGUGAAUUAAUUUUCUUCAUCGGACCAGUAAUGAUUAUGCUGAUAUCCAACGUGGUGUUCUUCGUUCUCACGUCGAUACACUGCAAUAAGGUGAAAGCGGAGAUAAAAAGAGUGACUGCGGACCCCGCGGAUCCCAGAAGCAAACGAUUUCGUUCCGACAGAAAGAGAUUUGUCAUGAACGUCAAACUGUUCAUCGUCAUGGGAAUGUCCUGGAUCUGCGAGAUGGUGUCGUUCUUCCUGAUAAAAUAUUUAGAUCACGCGCACUGGCACCACGUGUUUUUCUACACCAGCGACGUCUUCAAUUGUCUUCAAGGUCUACUGAUCUUCAUUCUCUUCGUCUUGAAGAGUCGCGUGUACCAAGCGCUUCGCAAACGAUUGGGUUUGGAUACCAAUAAGAAGAAACCGACUCCGACGGGCAAUCCGACUGUGUACGAUCCUUAUAGAGUCAGGAAAAGCGCGAGUAGCAGUACGUUAACUACCUACGCGAUUAGUUUGACGCCGUAAGGUAAUAAUUGAGACUGUUUAUGAAUCACUUACGUCUUCCUUCUUUUCGCCAUAUAUUCUUGUGUCCUCGCGUCACGCUCUGUCCCAUUUGUGAUUAUCUUAAAUACACAAUCUUGUCAGCUAACAAGUAAAAUCUUCCCGCUAUCGAUAUUUUAUUAACAGUUACAGCAUAUUUUGAUAAAUAACACAUAAUAAUGACAAACUUUGUUCGUUAUUACGAAUGAAUUAUAUUCCAAAUAAGAUUAAUCUGCUAUUCUGUAAUCUUAUUAUUCUCUUGGUAGCAGGAGGGUUGUUAAUCGACAGGAGGAAUAAUUGCGUGUGAUUGCCAAUUGGACGAUCUGGCGCUACACGUAAAUAUUAUGUAUAGUGGCAUGAAUUGACAUGGGAUACGAUUGUAAAGUUUCCUUUUGUAUUAGCUCGUAUUUUAAUAAUGGACUUAUUAUAACUGCUAUUCCUGUCCCUUAGAAAUGUCUGCUAAGUAUACAUUUUUACAGUUCUAAAAAUAGUACAAAAUUCUAUCUACAUGUAUCGCGAAUAUUCUUUUUUUAAAUAGAUUUACAAUUGCCAGUUA